AUGCCCAUCCCCAUAAUCACAAAGGGGAUCAUGGAGGGCAUCUCUUCCAUCCCCUACGCCUAUAGCAUCCUCAAGCUGAUACCAUGGGUUCUCGUCGUCGCCGUGCUGAAAUACUACUUCGGCGGAGCACGAAACAGCUCCGAACGAUUGAUGCAUUCUAAAGUCGUGAUGGUGACGGGCGGAACAUCCGGUAUAGGAGCCAGCGUCGUGCACGAGCUCGCCACGCGCGGCGCCCAAGUCGUCCUCCUCACGCAACACGCCCCCUCGGAUAUCUUCCUGGUCGAAUACAUCGACGACCUGCGCCGAUCCACCGGCAACCAGCUCAUCUACGCCGAACAAGUCGACCUCUCGUCCCUGCACUCGAUCCGGACCUUCGCUACGAAAUGGAUCGACAACGUCCCCGCCCGUCGUCUCGAUAUGAUCAUUCUCUGCGCCAACACGGCGAACCCCUCGUCCAGCGCCCAGCGUGACACGCCCGACGGUCUAGACGAGGAAUGGCAGGUCAACUACCUCGCCAAUUUCCACCUCCUGAGCAUCCUGAGCCCGGCAUUGCGCGCUCAGCCAGCCCACCGCGACGUCCGAGUCAUCUUCACCACCUGCUCCAGCUACAUCGGAGCGACGAUCGACUUGAAACAAACGGAUACGGCCGCAUUAUCAUCAGCCACCGAGGCCGCCGCGUCCUCUCGAACAUCCACCAAAUCAACCAAAUCCAACAAGCCCCCGAAAAAGACCGCAUCCAGCACCACCGCCACCGCAGCAGCAAAGAAGGUUAAAAAACCCAGCCUCUUCGCCGCCAGCAAACUCUCCCUCAUGAUCUUCGCGCACUCCUUCCAACAACACCUCAACGCAUUCAGACGCCCCGAUAACCAACCGCCCUGCACGCGCGUCGUGAUCGUCGACCCGGGAUUCAGUCGCACCCCGGGCAUGCGGCGCUGGCUGACGGGAGGCUCGUUGCUCGGCCUCCUCGUGUACCUGAUCACGUGGCCGUUCUGGUGGCUAGUGCUGAAGUCGCCGCAGCAGGGCGCGCAGAGUAUAUUGUAUGCGGCGAUGGAGCAGCAAUAUGGUCGGGGGAGCGGCGGGUGGAUGAUCAAGGAGUGUCGGGAGGUGGAUUUCUCGCGUAACGAGGUGCGCGACGAGCAGGUCGCCAAGCAGCUGUGGGAGUUCAGUGAGAAGCAGAUCGAGGCGAAGGAGAAGGAGGGGGCGGUGAAACGGGCGUUGGCGCAGAAGGAGUCCGAGCAGCAGCAGGACAGUGCGAAGAAUAACACUCCGGGCAAGGGGGAGAAGGAGCCUACUCCGGGGUCGAGGCGGAGUCGUAAGGCGAAGGAAAACAAAUGA